AGGAUUCUGGGAGCAAGCUCUCAGCUGUCCGUCUCUGAGCCCCAGGACCAUGUGGCCCUUGGUGCUGCAGCCCGAAGGUCCCAGGGUUUCACUUCAGAGCAGGAGGAGCUGGGGCUGAGGGUCCAGGCCCAAGAGACAAGAAGGGUGGGUAGGGUCAGGCCGGAGCCUAGGGGAGGAAGGAGGGAGAGGCCCGGGCAGGGCCCGGGAGCGGGAGGCUCACGCUGGAGCCUACACUUCCUCCUCCUCCCCUUCCUGCCCGGCUGCUGGCCUCACCGAUGACGGCUGGGAAAGGGGAAAUUCUUGAGUGUAAAGUCCAGCAGGUGGAGGGACCGGGCUGGGACUCCUGUGUCCCUCAGAGUGACAGGACCCAUGGCCCAGGCUGCCGGGGGCAUCGGGGCCUGGGGGAGCUUGGUUCUACUGAGUCUCUGCAGCUGGACAGGGACCGGGGCAGCUGUGACCAACCUGAGAGUGGACGCUCAGACCAACCGCUCCAGCAGCCUGGGCUGGGAGGAGCCCGAGGGCUCAGACUCACAGAGCCUCACCUACUGGGUCCUGCCAGCUGCAGACCAUGCCACAACCCCCAACCCAGUGAGGAACCUGAGAGCGGUCACUCAGACCAACGACUCCAUCAGCCUGGGCUGGGAGGAGCCCGAGGGCUCAGACUCACAGAACCUCACCUACUGGGUCCUGUGGACUGGAGACGGAUACGGAGGUGACGCCCGGAACACCACAAACACCAUUGUCACCGUGGAGGGGCUGCGUCCUGGGUCUUCAUAUGCCUUUUCUGUGUGGGUGGAAAAAGAUGGAGUCAACAGCAGCAGGGAGACUCUCAGCGCUGCUACAGCCCCCAACCCAGUGAGGAACCUGAGAGCGGUCACUCAGACCAACGACUCCAUCAGCCUGGGCUGGGAGGAGCCCGAGGGCUCAGACUCACAGAACCUCACCUACUGGGUCCUGUGGACUGGAGAUGGACACGGAGGUGACACCCGGAACAGCACAGACACCAGUGUCGCCGUGGAGGGGCUGCAUCCUGGGUCUUCAUAUGUCUUUUCUGUGUGGGUGGAAAAAGAUGGAGUCAACAGCAGCAGGGAGACUCUCAGCGCUGCUACAGCCCCAAAUCCAGUGACCAACCUCAGAGUGGACGCUCAGACCAACAGCUCCAUCACCCUGAGCUGGGAGGAGCCCGAGGGCUCAGACUCACAGAACCUCACCUACUGGGUCCUGUGGACUGGAGAUGGACACGGAGGUGACACCUGGAACAUCACAGACACCAGUGUCACUGUGGAGGGGCUGCGUCCUGGGUCUUCAUAUGCCUUUUCUGUGUGGGUAGAAAAAGAUGGAGUCAGCAGCACCAGAGAGUUUCUCAGUGCUGCUACAGCCCCAAAUCCAGUGACCAACCUCAGAGUGGACGCUCAGACCAACAGCUCCAUCACCCUGAGCUGGGAGGAGCCCGAGGGCUCAGACUCACAGAACCUCACCUACUGGGUCCUGUGGACUGGAGAUGGACACGGAGGUGACACCUGGAACAUCACAGACACCAGUGUCACUGUGGAGGGGCUGCGUCCUGGGUCUUCAUAUGCCUUUUCUGUGUGGGUAGAAAAAGAUGGAGUCAGCAGCACCAGAGAGUUUCUCAGUGCUGCUACAGCCCCCAACCCAGUGAGGAACCUGAGAGCGGUCACUCAGACCAACGACUCCAUCAGCCUGGGCUGGGAGGAGCCCGAGGGCUCAGACUCACAGAACCUCACCUACUGGGUCCUGUGGACUGGAGACGGAUACGGAGGUGACGCCCGGAACACCACAAACACCAUUGUCACCGUGGAGGGGCUGCGUCCUGGGUCUUCAUAUGCCUUUUCUGUGUGGGUGGAAAAAGAUGGAGUCAACAGCAGCAGGGAGACUCUCAGCGCUGCUACAGCCCCCAACCCAGUGAGGAACCUGAGAGCGGUCACUCAGACCAACGACUCCAUCAGCCUGGGCUGGGAGGAGCCCGAGGGCUCAGACUCACAGAACCUCACCUACUGGGUCCUGUGGACUGGAGAUGGACACGGAGGUGACACCCGGAACAGCACAGACACCAGUGUCGCCAUGGAGGGGCUGCAUCCUGGGUCUUCAUAUGUCUUUUCUGUGUGGGUGGAAAAAGAUGGAGUCAACAGCAGCAGGGAGACUCUCAGCGCUGCUACAGCCCCAAAUCCAGUGACCAACCUCAGAGUGGACGCUCAGACCAACAGCUCCAUCACCCUGAGCUGGGAGGAGCCCGAGGGCUCAGACUCACAGAACCUCACCUACUGGGUCCUGUGGACUGGAGAUGGACACGGAGGUGACACCUGGAACAUCACAGACACCAGUGUCACUGUGGAGGGGCUGCGUCCUGGGUCUUCAUAUGCCUUUUCUGUGUGGGUAGAAAAAGAUGGAGUCAGCAGCACCAGAGAGUUUCUCAGUGCUGCUACAGCCCCCAACCCAGUGAGGAACCUGAGAGCGGUCACUCAGACCAACGACUCCAUCAGCCUGGGCUGGGAGGAGCCCGAGGGCUCAGACUCACAGAACCUCACCUACUGGGUCCUGUGGACUGGAGACGGAUACGGAGGUGACGCCCGGAACACCACAAACACCAGUGUCACCGUGGAGGGGCUGCGUCCUGGGUCUUCAUAUGCCUUUUCUGUGGGGGUGGAAAAAGAUGGAGUCAACAGCACCAGGGAGACUCUCAGCGCUGCUACAGCCCCCAACCCAGUGAGGAACCUGAGAGUGGUCACUCAGACCAAUGACUCCAUAAGCCUGGGCUGGGAGGAGCCCGAGGGCUCAGACUCACAGAACCUCACCUACUGGGUCCUGUGGACUGGAGAUGGACUCACAAGUGACUCCCAUAACACAGAGGACACCAAUGUCACCCUGCUUGUGCUUUACCCUGGAUUCUUGUAUGAAGUUUUGGUGUGGGCUGAGAAGAAUGGCAUUAAUAGUUCCCGUGAGACUCAAAAUGCUGCCACAGCUCCCAACGCCGUCACACAACUUCAGAACACAAAUGAGACCAGCACCUCAGUCUCGCUGACCUGGGCGGCCCCUGUAGAUACUCAUUCACAGCGUUACACCUACUGGGUCCAGUGGGCCAGCGAGGCACAACCCCCGGAGGUUGGGGUCAACUUGACGUGCAGGACGGAAGAGACGUGGUAUGUGGUGGAGUCACUCAGGCCCGGCACUCUCUACACAUUCAGAGUGUGCGCUGAGAGGCACAAGGUGGCCAGCUCCACAAAGAGCCUCCAUGCGUCUACAGCUCCAGACUCUGUCACCAUUGCCUCCUGUGUCAGCGCCUCGGGGGGCUACGGGCUCUACCUGAACUGGUCCUGCCCCUCGGGGGGCUACGAGGCCUUUGAGUUGGAGGUGGGCGGGCAGCAGGUCACCCAGGACAGAUCUUCCUGCGGGAGCCGAGUGUUCGUGCAGGGCCUUGGGCCUGCCCGCUCCUACACAGCCACUGUCACGACCAUCUGGAGUGGGCUGAAGGUCCAGUCCGCCUCGGUGACCUGCUACACGGAGAGUGCGGGGGUCAUCGCUGGAGCGGUUGUGGGCAUCCUCCUGUGCCUCAUCCUCGUGGGCCUGCUGGUCCUGUUCCUGAAGAAGAGGAACUCUAAGAAGCAGAAGGAGGAAGCCAUGGGCCAGAGGCUUUGCACAAUUCCUGUGGAGCAAACCACAAGCUUCCCAGGGGACAUCACGGCCAAAGACUUUGCUGACCACGUCCAGCGAAAUGAGAAGGACAGCAACUGUGGCUUUGCAGAUGAGUACCAGCACCUGUGCCGGGAGGGCGAGGGCCAGCCUCAGGAGGCAGCCUUGGCUCCUGAGAACAAGGCCAAGAACCGCUACAGAAACGUGCUGCCUUACGACUGGUCCCGGGUGCCCCUGCAGCCCCUCCGUGACGAGCCCGGCUCUGACUACAUCAACGCCAGCUUCAUCCCUGGUCUCUGGAGCCCUCGGGAUUUCAUCGCAGCCCAGGGCCCCCUGCUGCGGACCGUGGGUGACUUCUGGCGCCUGGUGUGGGAGCAACAGAGCCACACAAUUGUGAUGCUCACCAACUGUGUGGAGUCCGGCCGGGUGAAGUGUGAGCACUACUGGCCUCUGGACGCCCAGCCCUGCACCCACGGGCACCUGCAGGUGGCCCUGGUAGACGAGGAGGUGACAGAGGACUGGGCAGUGCGGGACCUGCAGCUGUUCCACGUGGAGGAGCAGAAGGCCCUGCCGGUGCGACAGUUCCACUACCUGGCCUGGCCGGACCAUGGCGUGCCGCCCUCCCCAGACCCCUUGCUGGCUUUCUGGAGGCUGCUGAGGCAGUGGCUGGACCAGACCGCAGAAGGAGGCCCUCCAAUCGUGCACUGCAGCGCUGGCGUGGGCCGCACGGGCACCCUCAUUGGCUUGGACGUCCUGCUGCGGCAGCUGGAGAGGGAGGGCCUCGUGGGGCCCUUCAGCUUCGUGCGGAAGAUGAGGCAGAGCCGGCCCCUGAUGGUGCAGACAGAGGCCCAGUACGUGUUCCUGCACCAGUGCAUCCUGCGUUACCUCCAGCAAUUGCAGUCAGCCACCAAGGCCCAGAAGGAGGCGGAGUACGAGAACGUGGCAGGCCUCAUCUAUGAGAACCCUGCUGCCAUCCGGGCCCAGGAGUUGGAGGUCUGAGCCCGAAGCCCAGCCCAGGCUCCUGGACCCCUGGGACAGCAGAGGGCUGGAUCUCAGCCCAGGCCCCCUGGAGCUGGAGCCCCGGGCAGAG